GCUGGUUGUGUGGUGCACACGGACACAUAUAUUUUUAAGCACGCUUGUCAAAUCCGGUUGCUUUCAGUAGGCAACCAUGGCUGCGUUUGCUGAAAUGGGCGUGAUGCCUGAAAUCGCUCAGGCUGUUGAAGAGAUGGACUGGCUGCUUCCCACCGACAUCCAGGCCGAGUCCAUUCCCCUGAUCCUCGGCGGAGGAGACGUCCUCAUGGCUGCAGAGACAGGAAGUGGCAAAACUGGGGCCUUCAGCAUCCCAGUGAUCCAGAUUGUGUAUGAGACUCUGAAAGAUCAUCAGGAGGGGAAGAAAGGCCGUGCUGCUGUCAAGACAGGAGGAGCAGUCUUUAAUAAAUGGCAGAUGAACCCGUACGACCGAAGCCCAGCAUUCGCUAUCGGACCUGACGGGCUUUGCUGCCAGAGCAGAGAGUUUAAGGAGUGGCAUGGCUGCCGAUCCACCAGAGCUGUGACUAAAGGAAAGUACUACUAUGAAGUCUCCUGCCAUGACCAGGGCUUGUGCAGGAUCGGAUGGUCCACUAGUCAAGCCUCGCUGGACCUGGGUACGGACAAGUUCGGUUUCGGCUUCGGAGGGACGGGGAAGAAAUCCCACAAUAAACAGUUUGAUAGUUAUGGAGAGGAGUUCACUAUGCACGACACCAUCGGCUGCUACAUCGACCUGGAGAGCGGCCACCUGUCAUUCUCCAAAAAUGGGAAUGAUCUGGGCUUGGCCUUCGAGAUUCCCCAGAACAUGAGAAAUCAGCCGUUCUUCGCUUCCUGUGUGCUGAAGAAUGCUGAACUGAAGUUUAAUUUCGGGGGAGAGUCGUUUAAACAUCCCCCCAAAAAAGGGUUCACUGCUCUGGAUCAAGCUCCUGAUGGCCAUGCGGUCAAAACCACUCAGACUGGCAGUGCCCCGGUCAGUCAGGUGAAGACGAGCUCUAACUCCCCUAAAGCUCUGAUUGUGGAGCCGUCGAAAGAACUGGCAGAGCAGACCCUCAACAACAUCAGCCAGUUCAAGAAAUACGUGGACAAUCCCAAACUCCAAGAUUUGUUGAUCAUCGGAGGCGUGGCAGCCAAAGAGCAGCUAUCCGUUCUGGAAAGCGGGGCUGAUAUAGUGGUUGGCACGCCCGGUAGACUCGAUGAUCUCAUAUCCACAGGAAAACUUGAUCUCUCCCAAGUCCGCUUCCUGGUUCUUGAUGAAUGUGAUGGACUCCUUACAGCCGGCUACACCGACUUCAUCAUGAGGGUCUUCAACAAGAUCCCCCAGGUCACCUCAGAUGGAAAGAGACUGCAGGUGAUCGUCUGCUCGGCCACCCUGCACUCGUUCGAUGUGAAGAAGCUGUCAGAGAAGAUCAUGCACUUCCCCACGUGGGUGGAUCUAAAAGGUGAAGACUCUAUACCUGAGACGGUGCAUCACGUGGUGGUACCCGUGAACCCCAAAAACGACCGGCUCUGGGAAAGACUGGGCAAAAGCCACAUCCGGACUGAUGAAGUGCAUGCGAAAGACAACACAAGGCCAGGAGCCAACACUCCAGAGAUGUGGUCAGAGGCCAUCAAAAUCCUGAAGGGUGAGUACACGGUUCGCGCAAUUAAGGAGCACAAGAUGGACCAAGCCAUCAUCUUCUGCAGGACGAAGAUCGACUGCGACAACAUGGAGCAGUACCUGAUCGCACAGGGAGGAGGUCCUGACAAGAAAGGACAUCAGUUCUCGUGUGUCUGUCUUCACGGUGACCGGAAGCCCAACGAGCGCAAAUACAACUUGGAGCGCUUCAAGAAAAAGGAAGUGAGGUUUUUGAUUUGCACAGAUGUAGCAGCCAGAGGAAUCGACAUCCGCGGCGUCCCUUAUGUCAUCAAUGUGACUUUGCCGGAUGAGAAGCAGAAUUAUGUGCAUCGUAUCGGACGAGUGGGCCGAGCUGAGAGGAUGGGUCUGGCCAUUUCUCUGGUUGCCAUGGAAAAGGAGAAGGUAUGGUAUCACGUGUGUCCUAACAGAGGCCGAGGCUGCUAUAACACCAGGUUAAAGGAGGAUGGAGGCUGCACUAUCUGGUACAACGAGAAGGAGCUGUUGGGAGAUAUCGAGGAUCAUCUGAAGUGCACUAUCACUCAGUGUGAGCCGGACAUCAAGGUGCCCAUAGACGAAUUUGAUGGCAAGGUCACUUACGGCCAGCGCCGAGCUGCUGGAGGUGGUCUCUAUAAGGGUCAUGUGGAUAUUUUGGCCCCUACGGUACAGGAGCUUGCUAACCUGGAGCGAGAAGCUCAGACAUCGUUCCUGCAGCUUGGUUAUCUCCCUAACCAGCUCUUCAAAGCCUUCUGAGCGUUCCUCUUCAGCCCUGAGUAACAGACAAGGAAGUGGAUGAUGUGGCUCCAAACACUAAACUAGCAGCGUGUUUAAAAAAAAUGCUUUCAUUAUUAUUCAUUUACUUUCACAGCAAGUAAGAAAAUGCUUUUGUUGUCAUUAGAUGGGUUUAAGUGUUAAGCUCAAUAAAUCAAUGCACAAAA